AGCUCCAAAAUGGCCGAAUUGGACAUUGGAGAACGUUGUCAAAUUGAAUUCUGCAAGCAAAAAGACUUUCUGCCGUUUGUGUGUGACAGCUGCUCCGGAGUGUUUUGUCUCGAACACAGAAGCAGAGAUUCACACUUCUGUCCGGAGGUCUCCAGGAAGAGGGAUGUCUUGGACUCAGGGGUCAUUACAUCGUAUCCAUGCACAUUGCAGGACUGCAAAGGCAGGGAGCUUCUUCCUGUAAUUUGCCAACAUUGUCAAAAACAUUUCUGUUUUGUUCAUCGGCAUCAGGAAGACCAUAAGUGUGAGAAGUUGGAGACACCCCAGCCUCGAAUGGUGGCAACACAGGAACUUGUGCAAAAAAUAGUAGAAUCAAAGAAGAAUGCACCGACCAGUAAAGGCAGAAAAGGAGCCAAGAAUAGUGCUACAGCUGCUAAAGUUGCCCUUAUGAAGCUAAAGCUACAUGCUACUGGAGAUAAAGGACUGCCACAGACAGAGCGGACAUAUUUCCAGGUGUUUCUGCCAAAAGAUCUGAACACAUCCAGCCUGCCCAUGUUCUUUAGCUCCAAGUGGACUGUGGGUAAAGUGGUCGAUUUUGCAGCAGCUCAGGCCAGCCUAAAGAACAACAACAAUGUGCUCACAGCCAAGAAACUGCGCUUGUGCCAUCCUGAAACCGGGGCGGCCAUUAAAAUGGAUGCAUGUCUCCAGGUGCUGCUCUCACUCUCAGAGUCUCCUCUCUAUAAUGGAGGCAACGUUAUCUUGGAAUAUCUGGAUAAUGAGAGCUCUGGAGUCGAAGAUGUCACAGCCUACAUUUCUUCCUCUUGAUCUAAAUUGCUAACUUACAAUUAAGCAUUUGGAUUCAAGAUCUCUCCAAGAACUCUUUGUGCUCCAUGUUAUCAUUUAGGUCAGUGGCCAGACUCCAAUGCUGUAAUUGGAGAAAACUAACAUUGUGAUUUAGAUUAUGCAGGCAAUUGUUGGAUUAUGUACUGUUUAUUUCUGUUUGUCUUAUUAUAUCUGUAUAAAACAUGCUUUUUCACCUGGUAGCUGGUAAAAAAAAGGUUAUCUUUGUGGUUAAUUAGCUUAAACUCACACUGAAACAUGAGCGGUGUCUAACAUUUCAUUCAAAGCAGGGUCCAAAUUACGGGGUGUUUGGGAGGGCCUGACCCCCCUAAAUAAGGCUUGAUCCCUCCUGAUGGACCUUAAAACAGGGUGUAGGGGUGGAUCUUGACAGUUUCAUAUACUACGAAGUUUUAAUAGUGAAAAAUAGUUCGCAUUGCUCAAUCUAUCUGAAAAGAAAAUGUCAAUGUAAAUUUGUAAAACCUCCCCUAAAAUGGCUCAUACGGUCGAUGCAUGAGCAUACCCAGUAGGCUAAAUGCAGGAAAUACCACACAAUCGUGCACUCAAUUGUCUGAAUGCAAUAAAGAGAACAUGGGAGAUACUGUGUCGGAAAAACACUUUCUUGCAAAAUAAACGUAAUCUAAAUAUA